GCCCGACCAGGCAGGAAGAUGGACCUGUCUGUCCAAUCCGCUCAGGGGCGCAUCUUUCGCAGUUCGAGAACGCACGCCUCUGUGUGGGCCAAUCGACAGUGGCCAUGUGAGAAAGCUGAUGUUGAGGAAGCGAAAGAGUGAGAGAGAGAAGGAAAAAAAAAAGAUAAUAAUCGUGUGUUGCGCCCGUUACGUUGUGGGAUUUUCUCACCCCUGGCUUAUUAUUCUCCUUCAUCUCAACCCCAGCCUCCCUGUAGCAGCUCUGGUAGCACACACACACACACACACACUAAGUCGUGACCACUCUCCGCUGCCCGUGCUCGGCUUCUCCCCCCAUCGAUCGCGAUAAUCCCUCGCCUCGACCCGCCUUCUCCCCCGCGAAAAAGAAAAACCUCCGCCCACAUUUUGAGGUAGCUACCAGCUUAGCACCUACAGUAGACCGACCCUCCUCGAUCGCAUCAUCAUCGUAUUACACGCAGGAGCUCAACUCUUGCCCUUGUCAACCCCCAUUUCUCCCCCAAAAAGCACAGACGGGGCGACACAAUACGACAUAGCACAACACAGCACAACACAAUUCAGCACAACACACAGAGCGCACACCCACAGACAGAAUGGGCCUCUUCGACGACGCAGCAUCGACGCUCGGCGUCGGCGGCGGCCACGGGUCGUCGUCGCGCAAGCACCGCUCGCACAAGGGCAGCCACAAGAGCAGCAGUCAUCGUCACCGGUCGCGGUCGCGCGACCGCGGCGGCGACCGUGACCGCGGCAUCUCGAGCAUCUUCGGCGGCGGCGGCGGCGGCGGCUCGUACGAGAAGAACAACGCCUCGCACUCGUCCCUGUUCGGUGGUAGCGGCAGCGGCAAGGAAGAGAAGCGCCGCGGCAGCGGCGACGCAAAAUCCUUCUUCAACCUGCCGCUGGGCAACUCGAGCAGGGGGUCGUUCUUUGGCUUUGGCGCUGACAAGGGCCGCUCCCCGUCCUACUACAAGCGCUCCCCGCGCCAGUCCUUCAUGCAGCGGUCGUACCGCAAGCUCAAGCGCCUGCUGCGCGACCUGGUGCACUACGCCAAGCGCCACCCGCUGCGCGUCUUCAUGCUCGUCGUCAUGCCGCUCGUCACGGGCGGCGCCCUGACGGCCCUGCUCGCCCGCUUCGGCAUGCGCAUGCCCGCCGCCCUCGAGUCGCUGCUCGGCAUGGGCGCAAAGGUCAUGAGGGGCGACAGCGUCGGGCUCGUGGGCGACGCCGUCCGCAUGGCCUCGGGCGCCGGCGCGGCCGCCACCGCCGCCACCACCAUCGCGCGGGGCUGGGACGGCGAUAAGAGCUGGGAGAGGCGGACGACGUACCGCCGCAAUAAUGACGAUGACUGGUAUGGUGAGGGGUAUGGGAGCAGCAGUGGUGGUGGCGGUGGUGGUGGGCUUGGGUCCAUGCUGGGCGGGUUUGGUGGGUUUGGCGGCGGUGGCAGCAGUGGUGGUGGGAAUAAAGGGUGGAUGGGCAGCGUGUCCAAGUUCUUCUCCUAAGCCCCGUCUAUUCCAUUUCCUUUGUCUACGUUUAUACCUAUAUAGGGUUGCUUUUUCCGGUGUUUCGGUUUUGGGUAUUGGGCCGGCCAUUCUUCAGGCAAGCAGGUAAUCAGUCGGGCGGGCAGGCGGGCAGAUGUCUACCGGGAGCGUCGGCAUCUACGGACGAGGGGAGGGGAGGUCUCUGUAGGAUCAGGUCUCCAGCGUGAGGGCUGGUCCCCGGUGUCAUGCCUCCGAAGGAUCUUCUUGGAUAGAUAUCAGUGACAAGCUAGAGCAAGUGUAAGAGCGCGCAAUAGUUUUGGACCAGCAGUUUUUCUGAAUGCGAUACGAAUCAUCGCGAGUUAUGCACUUGUGUCAAUAUGGAGAACGGUACACAAUAACGCAAGGUAAAGAACGUCGCUCGUUAGAGUGAAAAAAAAAAAACCGUCCACGCAAAAAUAAGAAUAACUCCACAUGACCAGGAAACAUCAUGCAGAUACCUAAUCAUGUCUAUCAAACAAUGAAAAAGACGCCAGGAAAAAGUACCCAUCCUCGAUCCCCCCG